ACAGAGAAAGACCGGUGGGGGAGUGGCUGCGAGAAGAAACCUCCCUGCUGCGUCGCCCUCUUAUAAGACCCGAGCUGGCCCUUCCGAUGUCGCCUGCGCUUCCUCUGACUUUCCGAAAGCGGAGCAUACCCGCAACGAAAUAAAAGAAAUACUCUGUGAACCAUGGCGUCUGGCAGCAUGGCCAGUGAGGAGGAGCGCAGCCUCCGGGAAUGCGAGCUCUACGUCCAGAAGCACAACAUCCAGGCGCUGCUCAAGGACUCCAUCGUGCAGCUGUGCACCGCGCGCCCGGAGAGGCCCAUGGCAUUCCUCAGGGAAUACUUUGAGAGGCUGGAGAAGGAGGAAGCAAAACAGAUCCAGAAUCUGCAGAAAGCAAGCUCUCGUGCAGACUCGAGGGAGGAUGAAAUCUCUCCUCCUCCACCCAACCCGGUGGUAAAGGGACGGAGGCGGCGAGGUGCCAUCAGUGCCGAGGUCUACACGGAGGAGGACGCCGCCUCCUAUGUUAGGAAGGUUAUACCGAAAGAUUAUAAGACAAUGGCUGCGUUAGCUAAAGCCAUUGAAAAGAACGUACUGUUUUCACAUCUUGAUGAUAACGAGAGAAGUGACAUUUUUGACGCCAUGUUCCCGGUCUCCUUCAUUGCUGGAGAGACUGUCAUUCAGCAAGGUGAUGAAGGGGAUAACUUCUACGUCAUUGAUCAAGGAGAGAUGGAUGUCUAUGUCAACAGUGAAUGGGCAACCAGCGUUGGGGAAGGAGGGAGCUUUGGGGAACUCGCUUUGAUUUAUGGGACACCUAGAGCAGCCACUGUCAAGGCAAAGACAAACGUGAAACUGUGGGGUAUCGACCGAGACAGCUAUAGAAGAAUCCUCAUGGGAAGCACACUAAGAAAGCGGAAGAUGUAUGAGGAGUUUCUUAGUAAAGUGUCUAUUUUAGAAUCUCUGGACAAGUGGGAGCGUCUCACAGUAGCUGAUGCGUUGGAACCAGUCCAGUUUGAGGACGGGCAGAAGAUCGUGGUGCAGGGGGAGCCGGGUGAUGAGUUCUUCAUUAUUUUAGAGGGUUCAGCUGCUGUGCUACAGCGUCGUUCAGAAAAUGAAGAAUUUGUUGAAGUGGGAAGGUUGGGGCCUUCUGAUUAUUUUGGCGAGAUCGCGCUGCUGAUGAACCGCCCGCGAGCCGCCACCGUGGUUGCCCGUGGCCCGCUGAAGUGCGUCAAGCUGGACCGACCCAGGUUUGAACGCGUUCUCGGCCCGUGCUCGGACAUCCUCAAGCGGAACAUCCAGCAGUACAACAGUUUUGUGUCCCUGUCUGUCUGAAGCCUGCCUCCCUCCGCCUCUCCCCGUCCAGGCUUCCCCACGCAGACUGCUCUCGUCCCUCUUUGCAGCGCCACGUGGCCACUGGCACCGCCGCUUCGCGUCGGUUUCUAUUAAAAGUUGCUUUUAUUGCACUGUUUUUAUUUUGGAGCAUUACCUGCGUGCGCGUCCACAGUUCAAUAAAUAGAAGGAGUUCCGUGGAGACUUGCUGUCCCUGCUUCUCUGUGCAUUGUUAGUGUUCGCCCUGGGCCGCGCGUGCCGUGCUUUCUGGUGAGGUCAGACCCUGCGCCACGUGAAUUACUGUAGAGUCAUGACGUAACAGUGCAGGAUUUUCUUUAACGUGGCACACUUCCUGUUAUCAUAAGCAUAUUCUAGACUGUGGCCAUAUGUGCUGUAUUUCUUUAUAGAAUAAAUGAUUUCUCAGUCAGCUCUGAGGAUUAGCAGAAACAGGUACAGAAAAAUCUUAGUGUAGUAGAAAGACAUCUGGCUGUGUUUAAAUUAGUUAAAGGGUGGAAAAAUGCCCAUUUUUGCUAAUUAUCAGAUGGAGGUGGUCUGUUCAGCUCUUUUUUUUCUUUUUAACAAGAAUUUUUAUUUGUCAGGCUGAUUUGCCUGGUUUUUUUUUCUGUCUUGCUGUUAAUGUUUCCUCUCCAGUGCUAAAAUAUGUUGAGGUGUGGCUACCUAUACCUGCCUUUUGAGUUUCACACCAAAUCAUAAGCUGCAAAUAUUGGGUUACAAUUUAACUGCAUCUGUCUCAGCUUACAGAUUCUGAUUACACCUUCAUUUGUCCCGCUAGUGCCAAAUAUUCAGCAUCAGGUGCUGAAUUGAGAAUGAGAAUUUGAGGUGUGCACGCUUGCUUGUUAACUGAGAGCUUCCGGUCAGUGUACACCCUUCAGUUGCCCCCAGGAUAAUGAUCUCUUACGCGCUCUCUGCACUGAUUCCGGGAGAUUGGGUUUGCUGGGAACAGACAGACUACAUGUCGGGGUGAAAGGAGAAUGGAGGUGGGAUUGCUAAAAGGAGAGACGGCAGGUGGGCAGAGUACAGCGUUGGGAACUUUGCCCCACAGACGCAUUGGGGCGGGAGGUUCGGGAAGACGGUUUCUCCUUUGCUUUAACCUUUCCCCUCGUUUUUACGUCAACUAGAAUUUAUGUUGGGUUGGGGGUGAGGUGGGACGUUCAGUGUUUGGAAUUGGUCUAAAAGGCCGUCCUGCUAAAAAGUCCUGCUUUCCUGUCCACCGUUUCAUUUCUCUGGCAGACUCUUGUGUCAUCUUGUGUUUGAGUCUUAACUGUAUUUCAGUAUUUUCCAGCCUUAUCAGCUUACGUGCUGUUACAUUAUUCCAAGUGCACCAAUGAUACGCAGCUGUUUAUCUUUGUUAUUGUUAUUUUUGAAACAAAAUUUCACAGUUCCGUAAUGUAGGCACUUUUAUUCGCAUUGUGAUUUACGUAAGACGUAGGGUUAUACUUGGGAGUGCCUGCGAGCGUUUUCUUCCCUCUGUGUGCAGCUGGCUCUGAUCAGUCCCCCCUCCUGCCCUUUCCCAGGUAAUUUAAAUUGGUCAUGGUAGAUUUUGAACAGUUUUUAGGUUGUUACUAAGUUUGGAGUAUAAAUCUGGGAAAGAGAUUUUAUUUACAUUUUAGUGUGGGAUAGAAAGCCACCUUAUUACACAUUUUUUAUUUUUCAAAAUCAUCUAUACUAAAUGAGGAUUUUCUGAUCUGUAUGUUGUGUUUAGCUGCCUUUUUAUAUUUAAAAGAUUAAAAAUAAAAAUUAUGUUCUUAUUAGCUUAAAGUUUGAUUUGAUCUUUGUUUAAAUGCCAAAAUUGUACUUAACUAAAUUAUGUAGAAUGCCAUGCAAUUUGCCGUCUCAUGUGUGUCUGUAGCCAUGCUCAUGGAUGUGUAGAUACACAGCAGUGCUUCCUCAGUGAGUGCUGCUCGUGAGUCGUUUGGCUUUGCUGUUUACUCCCCUUAUGGUAGUUUUUAAUCUAAGAAAAUUUAAGUCUGCGUUUCAGAGCGAUCACAUCUAAAGCUCUCUGUGCAGCCUGUGUGAGGAGUCACGAGUGGCCUCAUCUGUGUCCCUGGCUGCUCAGGGCUCUGGGCGGCGGUGUUUCUGGGCUCGGCAAGUGGGUUUCUGAGCCCCACUGCCCUGGAGAGCGCGGAUGGCCGAAGGACCAUUUUGUACUAUUUCCUGGACGCUAGUCUGAUUAUACUGUGUGUGCUAUAUACGCUCUUCUUUUUGUUGUAGAUUGUCUUAAUGGUAGGUCAAGUAAUAAAAGAGAUUAAAUGAUGCAA